CGUGGCUGGAACAGCGAAAUCAAGGAUAUUUUGGAGAGGGUGGUGGAACAAGCAAAGGUGUUUGGUGGCAGGUGACUGACAAAAGAUCUCUGAAAUCCUACUCCCAUUAUCCCACCAACUCGUACCCAGGAACACUGAGGUGUGCGGGAUGGCCAACGCGAGAGAGUGAGGAAAGCAAUCACCAUCCGAGUUCCACAUCGGUGCUGUCAGACUCUUAUUCUAUUCCUUCUCUUUCCCUUCUGCCUUUCUUUCUCUUCCCCCCCUUCCCUUCUCGUCUAAUCCACUACACCAGUACCGAACCCUGGGGAAUAAAAGGAGCAUCGUUGAAACCCUAGAUUUGUAGCCCGAUUCUGCUCACCCGCAUGGAUAAUUCGAUCGAUCUUCUCCUACAAGCUGUUGGAGGCGAUCCCGACUCCGUCGCUGCUUUCGAGCCGUUCUGCAUUUGUUCCUUUUCUCGGGGGUGAAUCGCGCGUGGUUUGGGUCGACCCGUGGGGGAAAGCUUGUUGAUUCUUGGGGAUUUUGUGACUUUGUUGGCUUGACAGUCUGAAUUUGGCAGAAAGGUCGCUUUUUUUUUUCACUUUGGUAAUCAGUGAUGGAGCCUCGAGUUGGCAACAAAUUCCGCCUCGGUCGUAAAAUCGGGAGCGGCUCGUUCGGGGAGAUCUAUUUAGGUUCUAAUGUUCAGUCAAAUGAAGAAGUUGCAAUCAAGCUAGAAAAUGUCAAGACAAAGCACCCGCAGUUGCUAUAUGAAUCAAAGCUCUACAGAAUCCUUCAAGGAGGAACUGGUAUUCCAAAUGUGCGAUGGUUUGGCAUCGAAGGAGAUUAUAAUGUUCUUGUUAUGGAUUUAUUGGGUCCAAGCCUUGAAGAUCUAUUUAACUUUUGCAGUAGAAAACUCUCUUUGAAGUCUGUCCUUAUGCUUGCUGAUCAAAUGAUCAACCGAGUAGAAUAUGUUCACUCUAAAUCUUUUCUGCAUCGAGAUAUCAAACCAGAUAAUUUUUUGAUGGGCUUGGGCAGGCGAGCAAAUCAGGUCUACAUUAUUGACUUUGGAUUGGCCAAGAAGUACAGGGACACCACAACUCACCAGCACAUUCCUUACAGGGAGAACAAGAACUUGACUGGAACAGCGAGAUAUGCUAGCAUAAACACUCACCUAGGAGUUGAGCAAAGUAGGAGGGACGAUUUGGAAUCUCUUGGAUAUGUUUUCAUGUAUUUCUUGAGAGGAAGCCUUCCGUGGCAGGGUCUAAAAGCUGGAACUAAGAAACAGAAGUAUGAAAAAAUUAGUGAAAGAAAAGUUUCCACAUCAAUUGAGGCAUUAUGCCGGGGUUAUCCAUCAGAGUUUGCAUCAUACUUCCACUAUUGUCGUUCACUUCGCUUUGAUGAUAAACCUGAUUAUGCUUAUCUUAAGAGAAUAUUUCGUGAUCUUUUCAUCCGCGAAGGUUUUCAAUUUGAUUAUGUGUUUGAUUGGACCAUUUUAAAGUAUCAGCAGUCACAGAUUGCAGGUGCCACUCCACAAGCUCUUGCUGCUGGUGAUGGACCAAGUUCUGGGAUGGUACCCAUGAUUGCUAAUAUGGAUAGGCAGUCUGGUAUUGAAGAAGGAAGGACUAGUGGAUGGUCAGCAGAUCCCUCUCGUUGGCGAUUUUCUGCACCUGCCGUAAAUGCUGGUACAACAUCAAAAGAGAAGAACCCAGCAGGAAAUGUAGUUGUUCCUAAGGAAACCAUGCCAUCCAGUUCAACAUUCUUGGGGCGGUCAGGAGGAUCCUCAAGGCGAGCUGCUGUUUCUAGCAGCCGCGAAGCCGUGAUGGGUGGUGAGGCAGAAACAUCGUACCCUCGCACGACAGAAGCAAUCACCGGAGUCAUCAACAGAAUUCCAGCCCGGCGUAGCUCACAAGCAGUGUCAACAGAUCACAAGUUGUCAUCCUCCGGAAGGCAUCAAGCUUUCGACUGCGAGUCUGCACGCAGAGGACUUCAGUGCCUUGAUCUUGACAGUGAUGGAAGGGUUGGAUACUAGCACUGCUAUUUGAGUUGCUUCACGCUGCCUCAUUCAGUUGUAAAUGCAGAAAUUUCGGACAUCUGAACAUUACAGGUAUCAUGUUCUUUCAAAGUUGAAGGCCUGGGGUCUCAUCUGGAGAUCCCGAGAACUAAGUUGGUCCCGAAGAGUGCGAGGAGUUUAAGAGUCCUGUUUGUGAAGGCCCCUUUCUGUCAGUCAUGAAUGGUAUUGGAUUAUAUUUAUGUGUGUGUAUGUGUGUACAUAUAUUAGCGAGUGGAAUCUUGGAAUCUGAAUCUUAACUGUUGUGGCUA